GGUUGGUGUGGCUUUUGGUCCCCCAAAUAAUGCUCCCAUAAAUCUACAUUCCAAAUUCGACUCUUUACCAUUAACCUAAAAUGGUUAGAUGAUCUAUGUGUUUUAAGAAAAUACAACCCAGAAGUUUGAUCUACAAGUUGAGUACCGGCUUUGAGGAUUGUAACGUUACUCUGUCAUGCAGGAAUACAAUAUUCUACUAUAUACCAAGGCUACAAGAGGACAGCCCAUCUGGGAUGCUGUCAGGAGAGAUCUGAAUUCUGGAUCCUAAUGUAACAACAAGAGAUAGAUCAAAAAACCAGAAGCAGAAGCAAAAUGUUCAAAUCGGGAAGAUGGAAGACUCAAAACAGCAAAAAAGUGAUGUUCCAAAUGCAGUUUCAAGCAACACAGGUGCCAAAGCUGAAAGGAAAAGGGUUGAUGAUAUCUCUGAUCCCAGCAGAUAUUGGGAAGCCCACAGCCAGAUUAGAGAAAACUGCAAUUGUAGAAGGAACCUGUACGUGGGAAUCUCCUAUUUAUGAGAUGGUUAAAUUGGUUAAGCAUCAAAAAACAGAAACAUAUAAAGAGAAAAUUUACUACUUCAAUGUGGCAACGGGAUCCUCGAAAGCGGGUUUUGUAGGAGAGGUAGGAGUUGAUUUUGCUGAUUUUGCAGAGGCAACUGAACCUCUUCAAAUUUCUCUUCCCCUCACAACUUCAAACUCUGGUGCAAUUCUACAUGUUUUCAUUCAAAAGAUGCAACGAACAGACGAACAAAGAGAGUCGGAAGAGAAUGAAUCUCUACAGGCUGAAUCAUUCAGAUCGAAGAAUCAAGCAAGUGAUGGCAGCGAAAAUGAGAACAUCCUUGAUUUUGCAGAAGAUGACUACAUAAGCAGAGUAAACUCUCAGAACAACAGAGAUCCUCGGUUGGAGAACAAUCCUAAAUUCCAGGAGCAUACAGCUGUCAGAAGGAACCCAAACCCUGUGAAUAAGAAGGGUGACGCCCUUCGGGCAGAAAAUCAUGUACAGCAAAGAUCAAGCACCGAUUGGUCAUUGGGUUCUCUUUCAGACAGAAGUAUGGCUGAUCUAUUAAACAGCCCAGAACACAACUAUCAGGAUCAGACGAAUGGGUAUGCUGAAGCAUCAAAGAAUGCAGUUGAAGUGUUAAAAAGUGAUGUUACCAGGUUGGAAAGGCAAGCAGAGUUAUCAGAGCUGGAGUUAGAGUCUCUUCGUAAGCAAAUGCUGAAGGAGAACAAAAGAGGACAAGAUCUCUCGAGGAAAAUUGCUGAACUCAAGGAGGAGAAAGAAUACCUUAAAACAGAAUGUGAUCAACUCAAAUCCUCACACAAACACAUGUAUAAGGCAGUUCCUCGUCUGUCAGAAUCACCAGAAGUAUUGAAGGUUCUUUUAGAUGAAGUAAGAGAAGAGCUAAAGCGUGAAAAGGAUUUGAACAAAUCACUGUCAUUGCAUCUAGAGGAAACAGAAGAGUCCAAUUCUAAAUUGUUUCUUGCAGUCAAAGAUCUUGAUAGAAUGGUAGAGGAAAAAAAUUCAGAGAUGUCUGAUCUUUCUGAAAAGCUGAAAGAAAGUCAAAUGGCGAAAGAAGCUAUAGCAUGCAAAAGGGACCAUGAAAAAGAGAAGAUUGAGGGCCUGUAUGCUGAAAUAGAGCUCCAAAAGAAAGAGAAGGAGGAGUUGAAGAUCCAUAUUGAAGAUAUUUCUGUAGAUUAUAAACUUUUACUGCAGGAGAACGAUGACAUCUCUUGCAAGUUGGAGCAGACACAGAUAGAACAGAUGGAGAUGCAAAGCGAAUACUCAAAUUCUUUGGCCACAAUUAAACAAUAUGAACUCCAGGUAAAGAGAAUAGAGGAAAAGAUUAUGAAUCAGACAUCGGAACUCUCACAGUCUUUGGAUAUGAUCACUGAGUUAGAAACCCAUGUUAAGGGCUUGGAGAAAGAAUUAGAUAAGCAAGGGCAUGAUUUUGAAGACGAUGUACAAGACUUGAUGAAAGCCAAAAUAGAACAGGAGCAAAGAGUUGUAGAAGCAGAGGAGGCUUUAAGAAAGACAAGGUUGGCCAAUGCUAUUGCUGCUGAGAACCUUCAGGAGGAAUUGAGAAGGCUUUCUGUCGAAAUGACAUCAAAGCUUGAUGAGAAAGAGAAGCUGGCUUCAGAAGCAAUUGCUGAAGCUCAAAAUUUGCAACUGCAGAUGAGAGACUUACAAGAAGCACUUGAGAAAUCUCGUCAAGAGUUCUCAUUGACAAAAGAUAUACAAGAAGCAAAUAACUGCGAUUUUAUUAGAGAUGCAGAAGCAGAAACACCACGAGAAUGGAUUAGAGAAAGAGAAUUAUUGGUGACAGAACUUGCUUCGCUAAAGAAGGAAACAGAAAAGCUACAGAAGGAAUCAACAACUUGGACGAGUUUGAUGAGUGAAAAGAACGUUAUGAUUAGGUCUAUGCAGUCAGAACUGAAAAUGCUAAGAGGUGACCACAACGAAUUGCGACAAAGGUUGUUGGUAAUUGAGUUAGAGAAAAGCAAUCUACAGAAAGAGGUUUCUAGGUUAGAGCAUAACCUAAGGAAGAAAGAAGAGGCAACCACAACCAUGGAUCAGCCAAAACACCUGAACUUGCUCAAGGAAAGUAAUGUACCAUGUGAUGUUAGCAUCACCACAAACAAGCAUGAUGUAAGCAGAUCCACUCUGGAAUCAGCAAAAAGCAAUGAAAGAAGAAGAUGCUCACAGAAAGAGCAGUCAGUGCCCACUUCUCAUUACAAUGAUGAGCAGAACCUUAACAGAUUAUUAAGUGAAAUAUCAACAUUGGAUGAAAGGAACAAACAUAUGGAAAGUGAGCUGAAAGAGAUGCAAGAAAAAUAUUUAGAAAUAAGUCUAAGAUUUGCAGAGGUGGAAGGUGAAAGACAACAACUUGUAAUGACCUUGCGUAAUCUGCGAAAUGGUAAGAAGAAAUAGCAGUAUUGUAGAUGCUUGAUGCCUAAAAUUGUAACAUAUUGUGGCGUGAAUCCAGUUAUGGGAAGAUCAACGAGAUAGGUUGUGUUGAGAUUGUGUUUGGAUAUCCCACAGCAUGCACCACCAUUAACAAAUCUUAUACACCAUUAUCUUUGUGUUUGUUUUUCA